AUGGUAGACUUCAAUCGAGUUCUGGACGAGAUUCAAAAUCUCAGGUAUGGUGAUGUACAAGUCUGCUUGUUUGGUUUGUCUUUGAUCAAAGAGGACAUCGAAUGGUUCGAAAAUGAGGAAUGUGACGAGACCCGGAUUCGCACCAUCGAGCCGUUUGAAGUGGAAAAUCGACAGAUCCAGUUGAAGGAGGUGACUCGACGCGAGGGUGGCUAUACCUUCGAUAUGCAUGUCAUGAGAGGUCUGGUGACGAAUUACUACCCUGCCGAUUAUGACUAUGAGGCACCACUGCAGAACUUGAUGCACCGGGUCUACAUCACCCUACAUGGCCGAGAUCGGUGGUGGGCAAUCCAGAAUCCACUUUGGUAUUUGUUUGGUAGCAACUGCUUGUGCCCAGCUUGUUUCUUGGCCACGGGCUGCCAUUGCUGUGGCCGACUUCAAGGCAACGAUUGCGGGAAGUUUGAG